GAGCUGUGAAAAAAAAAAAAACCUUUUCUGACGUCACUUUGCUUGAGUCGUUCAGAUAGGAGUCUUUCCAAUCUGCGGUAACAGACACACUUCACUUAAAUCGGACUUAAUUAUUGGCCGAUUUUAUCAGCGAACCCUUAAAACCGAGAAAGUUGACAGCAGCGAUGCUGUAAAACUGAAGUAUAGUCUCAUUCAACAUGGACCCUAAAAAGUGGCCGGCCCCACCACCUUCUGCCCCACCCUCCUUUCAAAAGGUCUCAUCUGUACCCAGUUCAUCUCCUGCUCCACCUCAAACAGUCCCAAUCAAGUACAGUCCAGUGCCUGGUCCUGAAGACAGGAUCCCUGUUGUUAUCUUAGGUCAGACAUACCAGACAGUAAGUGAACUACCAAAUAUGCACAGCUGUCCUACUUUUGGCCUUUUCACAUCAAGUUCAAGUAGCUCUGAGUUUGGAGACCAAGCAAAUCUGGGUUUAUCUACAUUACCUAUGCACACACAGUUGCAGGCAUUUUCAGAGCUGUGGCGGCCUACAGAGAUGGAUAACAGCAGAGCUGCAGCCCUCUUUCACCCUCUUCUCGGUCUGCAUCCUUUCUUUGUACCAGCCUUCCAGACCCAUAAUCCUGCUGAUUCACAACUCAACAUCUCAGGAGUAAACGGAUGGAGCACUUCCUUACCCGAUAAGAUCUUGAACAUCAGUCAAUUACAAGCUAAAGAAAAGGAGAAAACUCAAAAUAAUUUAAGUUGUAGUCAAAAGAGCUUCGGUGAUCAUUUGCAAAAUCAGACAACCAUUCUGACCGCGAAGGGAAAGGAUCUCAUGAAAAUACAGCUAGAGAUGCCUAGAUUAAUUGGCUCUCUGUCAGGAUCCUUGUCAGAAAGCUCCAGUGAAGAAACCACCAGUGAUUCUGACAAUAUGGAGAAAGAUGAAGAGGAUCUAAGCAGCAACAGCAAUGAGUCUGAUUCUGAAAAAGAGAUUCCAGUUAAAAAGAAACAUCUGACACCCAACGCUUCUGAGAGUAAAGAGAAGGGACCUUUUGCUGGUGAUGAAAAUGCUUGUCAAGAGAGUCUUUGUCACAGUGUUCCUGUGACUUCUUCCGAUCGGCUUCAGUCCCAUUCUCAUCCUUUUGGUCUGCCUACUUGCACAACACUGUUUUUUCAGAGUGCCAGGCCUGCAGAGCAGAAGAGCCAGCAGCAUACCAGUGUCAUACAUCCCACUGGACUGGCUAUCGACAACAUUUCUUUAGCACAGUCCCACAGCAAGGCCUGCCGUUCACACUCCAACCCAGACCCAAAGCCAAUUCUGUCAAGAUACAAGUCCACCCAAACACCUCCAAGGCACCAAAUUCCUUCAUCUCUUCCAAACCAGAGAGCCACUUCUAAACAUCUUUGUGCUGGUUUGCUCAAACCUCUCAUAACCAAACCAUAUACUCUGUUGGCCUCAGAACAGUCCUCACAUGAGUGUAAAGCUUUGCUGCCACAAAGCAAGAUGGAACACCCUGUCGACUGCAUUAAAGACAGUAACAAAAAUUCCCCAUAUGAAAGCUUGUUGCACCUGGAAAAAAGAAAAAAGAAAAAGUUUGUUCAUCUGAUGGGUUCUGUGAAGAAGGCUUCUUCUGUGGGACCCAGGAACCAAAUUUGUGACCCAAAUCAGUUCCUGAACCCCCACCCUCACCGAGCGAUCAGCACUGCAUGUCAGGAUGCGCCUUUGGCCCUUAUGACUAAACCUGGCAUCCAGACCAGCUCUCCAAACAGCAGGCCACUCUUGGCAGCAACCAGCCCUCCCUACCUCACACCCAUCAACUUAAGCACUGGCACCAAUGAGAUGUCGGACACAUCUGCUUCGCCGCUUAAGACAUCUGCUCCAUCAGGACUUGUUCCAGAAUCAAUAAAGUUUGCUUCGGUUCUGCAUGGAGGAUGGAAGCCAGCAGAAAUCAGCUCAUGCCGAAAACCUGUAGACCUCACCAAGAGUUGGCCUGAUUUCCAUAGCAGUAAAGCUUCAGAGAACUCUUCAGGAGAUGAUGAGGAUGAAGAUGAAGAUGAAGAGAAUGGUGUGGGAAAGGAUUCCGGCAGUAGCCUUUCAGACUCUGAGAGCAACCCUGAGAGUGAUGCUGGGGAUCAUAGGACGUUCUUUGUCCCAGAAGCACACACUGAUGCAGACAGGAGUGCUCUAAAGCCAGCUGAAGCCUCACUGUCCUCCCUGAACGUUUCAUCCAACUGUUACCUGCUUAACCUGCAGGUUACAAAGCCUUCAGGCCAACAUGGCAACCCGCUGCCAUCUUUAACAUUUGCAACAACACCAGGUUCGAAGAAGAGGAGGAGAGUCACAGAUGAGAGAGUUCUGCAAUUGCCUCUUAAGUUUGGAUGGCAGAGAGAGACCCGGAUGAGGACUGUUGCAGGUCGCCUGCAAGGAGAGGUGACUUAUUUGGCUCCAUGUGGGAAAAAGCUGCGUCAGUAUCCUGAUGUAGUGAAGUACUUGGUCAGGCAUGGAAUAACAGAUAUUUCACGGGACAACUUCAGCUUUAGCACAAAGAUUAAAGUUGGCAACUUCUAUGAAGGCAGAGAAGGACCAAAGGGUUUACAGUGGUCCCUGAUGGCUGAGGAAGACAUUGCUCAUUGCAUUAUAGCGAUGGAUGGAAGGCGCAGCCGGCAAACAAAAUCCAAAGACCAGCCUACAGCCAAUGAUACUGAAGCCAAAUAUGACCCUGUAAAUGAUGGUGAGCCCCACCUCCAAGAUGUUACUGAUGCAAAGUUAUUACGUAAACUGGAGGCUCAAGAAAUGGCUCGACAGGCUGCUCAGAUAAAAAUGAGAAAACUAAGAAAGCAGGCCAUAGAACAAGCCACCAAGGAGGCAAAGAAGCAACAAGCAAUAAUGGCUGCUGAAGAGAGGCGGAAAAGAAGAGAGGAGAUGAAGAUUAUCAAACAACAAGAAAAAAUCAAGCGCAUUCAGCACAUUCGCAUGGAGAAAGAACUCCGUGCACAACAAGUUCUUGAGGCAAAGAGAAAGAAAAAAGAAGCUGCGGCCAAUCUGAAAAUGUUGGAAGCUGACAAAAGAAACAAGGAGCGGGAGAUCCGCAAACUUCAAUCUGUCAUUCAGAAGCAGGAGCAGGAGAGGUAUAGGCUAGAUAUGGAGAAGGAAAGGCGUAGGCAGCACAUGAUACUCAUGAAAGCUGUGGAGGCCCAAAAGAAGGCAGAGGAAAAAGAACGUCUAAAAAAAGAAAAGAAAGAAGAGAAACAAUUAAACAAGAAAAAGAAACUGGAGCUCAGAAAACUAGAGCUGACGAAAGCUAAGGAGCUAAUGAAGCCAAAGGAAGACAUGUGUUUGGCAGAUCACAAGCCACUUCCAGACUUGUCCUGUAUACCUGGACUAAUUUUACCAGGAAAAACCUUCUCUGACUGCCUGAUGGUGUUGCAGUUUGUGCGUAACUUCGGAACGGUCCUAAAACUGGGAUGCAGUUCAAACCAGCUCACUAUAAGCAACCUUCAAGACGGUUUGCUCAACAUUGGGAAGAGCUUGCAGAUGGUGCAGCACCUGCUGGUGAGCAUGGUGUCUGCAGCCGUGAAUGAUCCGGGUAUACCUGCAGGGCAUAAGUGCAAAACCCUGUUGGGAGACCAUUUAACUAAUGUGGAGAUCAACCGAGACAAUGUAUCCGAGAUCCUGCAAAUCUACAUGGAGGCCCACUGUGAACAGACAGAGGUGGCUGCUCUGGCCUGCAGCCUCCAAACGAAGGCAUUCCAGGCUCAUAGUCCAUCAGAGAAGGCCACUAUGCUGGCAUUCUUGGUUAACGAGCUCUGCUGCAGUAAGGCUGUCAUCGGCAAGAUCGACAAAAACAUAGAUUACAUGACCAACCUUAGGAAGGACAAGUGGGUUUUGGAGGGAAAGCUGCGCAAACUGAGGAACAUCCAUGCAAAGACCACAGAGACAAGCUACAGCAAUGUAGGAGAAGAAAAGAACCAUACCUUCAACAGCUACAUUGUCCAGAACAAAUGUAAGGGGAAAAACGGGGACAGCGAGGAAGAAGAGGACCAGAAUGAAGACGGUGAAGACCAAGGAGAAGAUUAUGAUGUGGAAGACGAUGAAUUGAGGGGAAAGAAAAAGAAGAAAGCAGAGCUGUGUGAAGGGGAGGAAACCACUACACAUUCAGGAGAUAUUAGUGAGCUGGAGACAAAGAUCCAGGAAACAUGCAAGCUGCAUAGUGAAAUUAGUCAGAAGCUGUUUGAAGCGUCUCACUCGCUGCGCUCGAUGAUGGUCGGCGAAGACCGAUACAGGAGGCAUUACUGGCUCCUCCCACAGUGUGGGGGCAUCUUCAUAGAAGGUGUAGAGAAUGGCUGGGAGGAGUUCGAGAAGGAGGGGGGAAGACAGAGGGCUUCUGUCUGCGUAAAGGAGGAGCAGCAGGAAGAGAUCUCAGAACCGAGGACAGAAAAUAUUAAAACCAAGGCGGGGUGCCAGCAGAACAAUGAUGGCGUUCUUCUCCAAAAAUCUUUGUCUAAGCUCAGCGAAGUGCUUGAGGCAGCCACAAUGGAUCGAGACUCAAACAUCAAUCUUCAGAAGAUUCAUCCUACUGAGGGUUCUGUCACAGAGCCUUAUCAGUCUUAUUUUACCCCGCAGACAGAUAAAACCUCAGUUUCAUCUGUGCUCAGUGCUGCCCAGCUCGAAAAUAACUGCUUGACCUGCAGUCCUCCAUCCAUCCUGCCUUACGACCAGCCGUCCAGCAUAUUGGGUGAAAAAAACAACGAGUGGUUUAGCCUCCUGCCCCGAUCUCCUUGUGAUGGCUCUUAUGUGGUCUCCAACACCAGCCGUCCAGCUUUCUGCUCCUCCUCACAACUUGUCAGGACCAAACCGUCCUUAUUUCUUUUCUCUAAUACCCCAAAGAAAAAUACCAAAGCUGGGAACAAUAGACUACAAUCAGCUGUGUCUGAGCUGGAUCUAACCUCCCAGGAAGCAGAGGGUAAUCGAGAUGAGGACCUCUGUCUGGCAGACUGCAACUCUGUCAACAAGAGUGAGACCACAGAGCCUCUGAGUAACAGGCCCACUUGUGCAUCAUUCCCUGCUCAAGAGGUAGCCAAGACUCAGGACUUUAUUUGUCCUCAGCCAGUUCCUGAAGAGAUGCUGCGAGGCUGGUGGAGAAUUUCAGACAUGGAGAACCUGCAUAGUCUGGUCAGUGCUCUCCACAGCCGGGGUAUCAGAGAGAGGGUGCUGCAGAAACAGAUCCAGAAGAAUGUGGAGCAUAUGACCCAGAUCUAUGCCAACAGUACAAAUGAAUUUGAUACAAAAAGCCCAGAAAUGCAUAAGAUGAGCAGGGAGAUCUUUGAAGGCUGGUGUGUUGAACAGCGAGCCAUGGAGGUGGACACCAGUCUGUUGCUGCAGGUAGAAGCUCUGGAGAAAAAUGUCAUUUCCGCUGAUCUACACAUUCAGGGUUGGAUGCCCUGUAAGCCCAAGUCAGAGGGUGAGGAUUUGGUCUGUUUUGAGCACAAGCCCUCUUCUUCUGUCUCUGUGGAAAACAAAAAACUGAAAGAAAUGCAACAGGAGAAUCUUCCAGACUUUCUAAAGCAACGGUCCAACAAUCGUCUUGACAGAGCAGUCAGCAGGCUUGCAGAUCUGGAGAGGAAUAUUGAGCGAAGGAAUAAAGAAGAGGUGGCUACUGGAAUGAGACAGUGGCAUAAAGCACUCGGUCAGGUCCGCAGUUCAGCCCAGCUCUCUCUCUGCAUUCAGCACCUACAGAAAUAUGUUGUCUGGAAACGAGACGACGUGACGGUGCGCCGCCAGCUAUGUCAAAAGGGAGAUAAUGAGGAACUGCUUUUAUUUUGUGAUGGUUGUAACAGAAGAUGCCACAAUUACUGCCAUAAUCCAAAGAUCACCAUGGUACCUGCUGGAGACUGGUUUUGUUCUUUUUGUUCUUCUGUGUGUUCCGUCAUUCAGGAAAGUGGUCAAAUCCCUCCCAGCAGGAAGCAACAAAGCCAAACAGCUGGAGAAAAACAAAAAGGCAGCGAGGUAAAACAAAACGGUAAGCCAUCUGUGAUGGGAGACCUCUUCAGUGAGAGGGUUGCCAGGAGCAACAAUGGGCCAAAGAGAGGUCCCAAUGAGUUCAAAAAGAGGAAAGGAGAAGACAGCUCCCAGGCCAAGUAUGACGGCCCUGUCCCCUGCGCAAAAAAGGCCAAAACACCCAAGGACAGCAGCAAUGAGCUAGCGGUUUGUCGAGUGCUGCUGGCUGAUCUGGAGGCCCAUCAGGAUGCGUGGCCCUUUCUGAGCCCGGUCCGGCACAAAUCUGUCCCUGGAUACAGAAAAGUCAUCAAGAAGCCAAUGGACUUCUCCACAAUUAAAGAAAAGCUCACCAACAACUUGUAUUUAAAUCUGGAGAACUUCAUCGUUGAUGUGAACCUGGUUUUUGAUAACUGUCAAAGAUUUAACGAGGACGACUCUGAGAUUGGACGGGCCGGGCACAGAAUGAGAAGAUUUUUUGACAAACGAUGGGCCGAGCUACUGCAUUUUUAAAAUAAUAUCAUCGGUGUGGACAACCAUAUUAUUCUUUGAGGUGAAAUCCUGGGCUUUAAAUGCAAACGAUUCACCUUUAGUAACACUGAUGUGCAGGGUUACUAAAGGUAACAGAACAAACUAGGAAUACCUGGGAGUGCAAAUCAGAUACGACAUUCUUUAAUAAAAUACACUUCAUCCUGAA